AUGAAAAUGCUCAAGACUCUCAAGAAGCUCAAGUUCUGGCACAGAAAAAAGAAGAAGAAGAAGCCCUAUCUCCCUCCCCCUCCUCCUCCUCCUCCCCCCUUACCUUCUCCUUACUGCUGCUGCUCAUGCCCCUCUGCUCCACCUCUACCGCCUUGGUACGACGCAGAGCAGGCCUAUGAUGCUGCCGCUGCUGCUCCAGUCCCAGGUUUUGUUUAUUCAACUCCACAACAGGAGAUAGUCUCAGAGGCCCGACCAUCGUAUCCAACACUGCCGGUUACCAGCACCUCAUCUUAUCAGCAGUACAUGGUUCCCAAUCCGGUUUAUGGCAUUCCUGCUGUGCCUGCACCCACAAAAGAGAAGUCAGCUGGGCCUUUUGGUUGUGCAUUUGAGAUUGGCAGGUAUCUCUUCCGCUGCUUCUGUCCAUGUUUUCGGGUUCGAGAAGCUUGCUAAAGAUAGUUUUGAGGCAGUUACAGUUGAUGCUGCCUUACCAAGAAUAAACCAACCAUCAAGCGUCUUCACAACAAAAAUUCACACUAAAAAAAGUAGAAGAAUGAUUGAGAAGAAUGAAAAAAUUAAGAAGGAUAAAAUUUCACUCAUUGCUAGGCAGGAAGGGAGAUAUUUACUACAUAUGGGAUUUGAGCCUCUUGUUAAAUUUUUGUUCUAGACCAAAAUCUUUUAGCUUGCAGCAUCAACCCGCAGAUCUCAAGGUUUAUAGGAUUUUAUGAGUGUGAGAUUGAAUAACACUGUAAAAGAAUUUUAGGUUUGUGUAUUAGCAAUGCUAAGGAAAUAUAGAUGUUGAUCUCAAGGUCAACGCUAAAGUUUGUGUAUAAGUGUCAUAAUUACUAAUUAGCAUUCGGGUUUGCCUAUAAUGUCAAAUGGUAAGGGUCCAAAUUGAAAGUUCAGUAUAAUACCAUCAAUCAAGGGGUGCUACUUGUACACCUCGAUGACAUACACCUUGAUCCCACUCCAGUCCUACUGCUUGUACUAUACAUGUCUCAUUAUUUUGUAAUUGAUCUCGUUUUGUUUGUAUCUUGAUCUA